UGGCAGGUGGCCAGUGAUGGGGCAGGUCAGGAAGGCUCCUGGUGGGGCUGUUGCAACUGACCCAGGCAUAAAGGAGGGUCACUCAGGCCAGGAGGAGGCAGAUUGGGGACCAUGGAGACCCAGAGAGACAGCCUUCCCUGGGGACGCUGGUCACUGUGGCUACUGCUGCUGGGCCUGGCCGUGCCUCCAGCCGCUGCCCAGGUCCUCAGCUACAAUGAGGCUGUGCUCGCUGCUGUGAACGGCUUCAACCAGCGCUCCUCGGAACCUAGUCUCUACCGCCUCCUGGAGCUGGACCAGCAGAGGCCUGAUGCAGACGACAACCCAGACACCCCGAAGCCUGUGAGCUUCACAGUGAAGGAGACCGUGUGCCCCAGGACGACGCAGCUGCCACCAGAGCAGUGUGAAUUCAAGGAGAAUGGGCUGGUGAAGCAGUGUGCGGGGACAGUCACCCUGGGCCGGGCCAAUGGCUACUUUGACAUUAAUUGCGUGGCGAUUAAGAAGGUCGGACUGGGCAGCAAGGUGCAAAAUAUUGUCGAUAAGAUUAAGACAAUUGGCAGAAGAAUCAGAGAUUUUUUUUUUAAUCUAUUUCCCAGGGGGGAGUCCUAAAGGCCUGUAUUGCCCUGGCUCCAAAUCCUGGAUUGAAAAAUAAAUUCUUGUGAAAGC